UGAAUAGCUCCAUCAAAUGUGCACUCAGAUUACCUGCAUGGAUGGCACUAGAAGAGUUGAUCAAAUGGUGUAUCGAUAUCCAAACAGACAUGACGGGUCGCUGUGGAAUGAGGAAUUCCUCCUUACCACUCAGGAGGACGUUGAUGCCAUGGUCCAAUUUUUGACCACCAAUAAAAUUAAGCAAACAGAGAUGUUCGUUUACACCAAGGCCGUCGAAGGCGGUGUAGGUCAUUCUGGAGAUGGCCAAACAUCUGGUAUCCACGGUGGGAGUGUAUUAUACGAAGAUCAUCCCCACCAGGAUUUACAAGACUCGAGCUGGAGGCAGGAGUAUCAUGAUGGAACUGGAGGUCAUCAUUAAUCCUUCCCUUCAUAUGAAGAAGAAGCUCAACAGGCGGAUCACAACCAACAAGCAGGCGGAUCACAACUUCUACCAAAGCGGUGUUAGUUACCACAACUACCAUUACGGAGCUGGUGAAGGUGCCUUUCAUGAUGAUAAUCAUAUGGAAGAAGAGAUCAAUCCAAGUCCAGUUAGUGAGCCUGAGGUUGAAGAAGAGGAAGGCGAAGUUAGUGCAGAUAGCUUCAAUCCUCUGGAAGGUGCAAAUGAUUCCGGUCCAGAUUCAGACGCAGAUGGUGAUGAGGUACCUCACGACCGUGUACCUAUCCCAUACUAGAAUCACAUUCAAAAUGAAGAUUGGUAUGUUGAUGCCGACAUGGACCCGCUAGAGGUGCCAGUAUGGGUCCACUCACUGGCUUUACGAAGGGCCAACAAUUUGCAAUGAAGAAUGAGGUCCGACACGCUAUUGCCACUGAAGCAAUGACUCGGAGUUUUGAAUGACAAAUAACCCAUUCCGACACAAAGAGGCUGAUCAAACAUGAAAAAAUGAAAAUGAAAAUGAAAAUGAGGG